GAGCGCUGGGCCUGGGAGGUAGCGACUCUGACUCUAGCCCAGGAGACAAGAUGAGCACCGGACCGGUCUAUUGUACAUCUGGACUUGUGGCUUUGUUUCGAGAUUUAACCAGCUUAGUUUGGAUGUGUGAAGCCAUCAUAGUGCAAUUAAUGGAAGAUCCCACAUUGGACCGGCACUUUAAAGGUCAUCGUGACACUGUCACAAGUAUUGACUUCAAUGCUAACAUGAAACAGUUAGCAACUGGAUCAAUGGAUUCCUGUGUCAUGAUCUGGAAUUUGAAACCACAGAUGAGAGCCUAUCGAUUUGUCGGUCACAAAGAUGCAGUCCUCUCAAUUCAGUUCUCUCCCUCUGGUCAUUUACUGGCUUCUGCAUCUCGAGACAAAACAGUUCGCCUCUGGGUUCCCAGUGUAAAGGGUGAAUCAACAGUGUUAAAGGCUCACACAGGAACUAUUCGAAGUGUUCAGUUCUCCAGAGACGGACAAUCUUUGGUUACAGCUUCAGAUGACAAAACCAUCAAAGUUUGGACAGUUCAUCGGCAGAAGUUUCUUUUUUCUCUCACCCAGCACAUCAAUUGGGUUCGCUGUGCUAAGUUUUCACCAGAUGGACGACUCAUUGUUUCUGCCAGUGAUGAUAAAACGAUUAAAAUUUGGGAUAAAGCUACUAGAGAAUGUAUCCAUUCAUUUUAUGAACAUGGAGGGUUUGUUAAUUAUGUGGAUUUUCAUCCCAAUGGAACAUGUAUUGCAGCGGCAGGAGCAGACAACACUGUUAAGCUUUGGGACAUUCGUACUAACAAACUUCUUCAGCACUAUCGAGUGCACAGUGCUGUGGUAAACUGCCUGUCUUUCCAUCCAAAUGGAAACUAUCUCAUCACUGCCUCUAAUGACUCAACACUGAAGAUACUUGAUUUACUGGAAGGGAAAUUACUCUAUACCCUCCAUGGCCAUCAGGGUCCAGCUUCAUGUGUAGUUUUUUCCGAUGCUGGAGACUUCUUUGCUUCAGGUGGCUCAGAUGAACAGGUUAUGGUAUGGAAGACUAAUUUUGAUGCUGCAGAUUAUGGGGAAAUGUUGAAAAAUCAAUCCCAACCAAUGACUGUUAAUUGUAUGCUGAAGAAUUGUGACGGUCCUUCUUGGUUACCAGAGCAUACUACGAAGUCACUUCCUGUGGAAGAGGAGAAAAGGAAGAAACAUCCUUUUGUGGCUGAAAUCGUAUGUGAUUUUGGAUGUUUGAGGCCAACAAUUCCAGCCUAGAACAUUACUGCAGGAAUUCCCAACGAUGUCCCUGUGAUCUUCAGCUGCUUCAUCAAUAACCAUCCCUCCAUUUAAACAUGAGGUAUUC